AUGGAUAUUUUCUUGAAACUGCAAUACACCGCACCCGACGGCACUGAGGUCCAUGUCAAGUUCGUGGCUGACGAGAACGGCUUCCAGCCCCAGUCCGACGUCCUCCCCGUGGCCCCCGCUUUCCCUCACCCGAUCCCUCAUCUCUCUUCAGACACAGUGGGACAGUUCUCUGCGCCUCUUACACAACUGAUCCUCGCCUGUGUUGCCGCCGUGGCCGUCGCCGCUCCCCAGUACAGCUAUGGGGUUCCUUCUGCUGAGUCUAGCGAGGAAGUCGCUGCUCCUCAGACCAGCUAUGGCGCUCCUCGUGCUGCGUCCAGCGAGGAGGUCGAGUUCGUACCGAUCCUCAAGGACGACCGCGUCCACGAGGAAGACGGCACUUACAACUUCGAUUUCGAAGCUGCCAACGGCAUCAGCUUCUCCCAGGCUGGAUCCCCCGACGGUGAUGACGACGCUGUGAUCAAGGCUGGAGAAUACUCAUACACCGCACCCGACGGCACUGAGGUCCAUGUCAAGUUCGUGGCUGACGAGAACGGCUUCCAGCCCCAGUCCGACGUCCUCCCCGUGGCCCCCGCUUUCCCUCACCCGAUCCCUCAGUUCGUCCUCGACCAGAUCGCCUUCGCCGCCGAGGAGGACGCCGCCCGUGCCCGUGCUGGUGAUGAUUCCGACGAGGUUGCCGCUCCAUCCACUCUCUACGGCCGCCCCAACUAA